GGGCGGGAGGCCAGCCCCUGGCCAGCCCACAGAUCCCCGCAGGGCGCGGACCUGGAGGAGGCGCCCCAGAAGGCGACGCCUCUCGAGGAAGUUUGCCCUUAAUUACGGAGCCGGGUCCCCGUCGCAUCAAAGCUUCAGGAGCCAGCACUGUGCAGAGUAACCAGGGGAUCCCGGAGUACUCACACCGCGGCCAUGGGCGGCUCGGCUUCCAGCCAGCUGGAUGAGAGCAAGUGCGCCUACAUCCGAGGAAAAACUGAGGCUGCUAUCAAAAACUUCAGUCCAUACUAUAAUCGCCAGUAUUCUGUGGCCUUCUGCAAUCAUGUCCGCAGUGAAGUAGAACAGCAGAGAGACGUAACGUCCCAGUUUCUGAAGAGCAAGCCACCAUUGGAACCUGGAACUGUUUUGUACGAAGCAGAGUUCUCACAGUUUGCUGAAGACGUAAAGAAAUGGAAAGACAGAUACAUUGUGGUUAAAAAUGAUUUUGCUGUGGAAAGCUAUGAGAACAAAGAGGCUUAUCAGAAAGGGGCUGCUCCUAAAAGCCGAAUUCUUCCUGCUGGUGGCAAGGUGUUAACCUCAGAAGAUGACUAUAACAUAUUAUCUGAUAGGCACUUCCCAGACCCCAUUGCUUCCAGUGAGAAGGAGAGCUCUCAGCCCUUUGUGGUCCUGCCCAAGGCAUUCCCGGUGUACCUGUGGCAGCCAUUCCUCAGACAUGGCUACUUCUGCUUCCACCAGGCUGAGGACCAGAAGAGGUUCAGUGCCCUCCUGACUGACUGUAUCAGACACCUGAACCACGAUUACAUGAAGCAGACGACAUUUGAAGCCCAAGCCUUUUUAGAAGCUGUGCAAUUCUUUCGACAGGAGAAGGGUCACUACGGCUCAUGGGAGAUGAUCACUGGGGAUGAGACCCAGAUCCUGAGUAACCUGGUGAUGGAGGAGCUUCUGCCAACUCUUCAGACAGAUCUGCUGCCAAAAAUGAAGGGGAAGAAGAAUGACAGAAAGAGGGCCUGGUUUGGCCUCCUGGAGGAGGCCUACACCCUGGUUCAACACCAAGUUUCGGAGGGAUUAAGUGCCAUGAAGGAGGAAUGCAGAGCUCUGACCAAGGGCCUGGAAGGAACCAUCCGCUCAGACAUGGAUCAGGUUGUGAACUCCAAGAACUUUCUAACUGGAAAGAUCAAAGCCAUGGUGGCCCAGCCUGCGGAGAGGAGCUGCGGGGAGAGCGUGCAGCCGUUCCUGGCGUCCAUUCUGGAGGAGCUCAUGGGGCCCGUGAGCUCGGGGUUCAGCGAGGUCCGCGCGCUCUUCGAAAGGGAAGUGGGGGAGCUCGGCCAGAGCGUGCUCACCGCAGGAGACAGGGUGCAGCUGAAGGAGUACCUGGAGCAGCUUAUGAAACUUCCGCUGGAUUCUGUGAAGAUGGAACCGUGUUAUGCUAAAGUCACCCUGCUUCAAGAGCGCCUGCAGGGCCUCCGGAGCCGCUUCCAGGUCCCCCAUGUGGAUCAAGUCAUCCAGAGGACACAGAACUACAUGCAAGAGCUGAUGGAGAAUGCAGUGUUCACUUUUGAGCAGUUGCUCUCCCCUCAUCUCCAAGGAGAGGCUUCCAGAAUAGCAGCUGCCAUUGAAAAGGUUAAGCUUCGAGUCUUAAAGCAAUAUGACUAUGACAGCAGCACCAUCCGAAAGAAGAUCUUUCAGGAGGCACUGGUUCAAAUCACGCUCCCUACCCUGCAGAAGGCACUGGCGUCCACAUGCAAACCAGAGCUUCAGAAAUAUGAGCAGUUCAUCUUUGCAGAUCACACAAGUAUGAUCCAUGUGGAAAAUGUCUAUGAAGAGAUCUUACACCAGCUCCUUCUUGACGAAACUCUGAAAGUGAUAAAGGAGGCUGCUGUCUUGAAGAAACACAACUUAUUUGAAGAUAACAUAGCCUUGCCCAGUGAAAGCGUGUCCAGCUUGACAGAUCUAAAAAUCACCACCGGGUCAAACCAGGCCAGCCCUGCCAGGAGAGCAUCUACCUUCCUGCCAGGAGCUCAGGAUAGUGAGACCCCCAGUAACGAAGUGUUCCAGGAGUCAGAGGAAAAGGAGGAGCCUGGGGUCCCAAGUUCCAUGGCUAGAGGAGAAAGCCUUCCUUUCCCUGGGCCCAGCCCUCUUGCAGGUGGGGGUGGGCAGGUGAUUGUGUGUAGUGAGGAUGACGCUGCUGUGAGUCUUGUGGCUGCAGAGGACACAGCAAGACCUGUCAGUGCACACUCAUCAGAGCCAGAAUUUGGAGGGACCGCUGCAAAUGAAAAACCCAUCCAUGAAAAGCCAGAAUCCACGACUGCCUCAGGAUCCUUGAAGGAGCUCAGAGAAUUGUUGACAGUGACCAUUGAAGUACCAGUGGAGUCUGCCCCAGACCCUGAAAAAGACAUAAAUGAGGGGAUACUUAUUCCCCAAGAAAAUGAAAAAGAAGAGGAAAAAACCCAAAUCUAUACAGAGGCCAGCCAGGCAGCUGCCCCCCAGCAGGACAACUUUGAAGACAGCAACAUUGGUGAGGAAGCCCAUCCUUGCCCUCCAGAAGCUGAGGCUCCCGUGGUGGACUUGGGAGCAUUUCCAGAGGCCAGCAUCCCUGCCCGUCCACCUGCCUAUACAGGGCACAUGGAGGACACAGGCUGCCCAGGCCCCACUGAGAGGGAGCUGGCAGCCAGGGCGUCCAUGCUGGAUGCCCAUGAAGGAGGUGAGGCCACCUGUGCUGUGGAAGGUGACAUCAUGCCACAGGAAGGUGGCAUUUUAAGUUCUGACCCCAUCUGCCCUGGAGAGAGCCAGGUUUCUGAGGAACCAGAAGCAGCAGAAGGGAAAGGCCUGGCCACCAGCAGCGUGGAUACACAAAAGGUGAAGGCUACUGGUGUCCACGAGUGCCAGUGGGUGGUCGAGAAUGUUGCAGACACCUGUGUCCCAGCUGCUCAUGAAGAUGGUGGGAAGGAGACACAAGAGUGCCAGGAGAGCGCCCCAGAGCAGCCUUCAGAGGACUGACAGGGACAAUCUGGCGGUAGUCUUUUUUGAACAAAGUCAGUCAAAGGGGUCUAGUUGUGGGGAUACCUAGGGGUUGCAUGUGAGUUGCUAUCAAAAUAUUAUGAAAUACUUCUUUAAACUGAAUAAUAAAGCCAGAGGAAAUGCACACGGGGCGUGAGCACUGAGGCAGACCUUUGUGAAAUUGAACUGCUCCACCAUGAAUUAUUGCUUUAGCAUUUUAGUAGGAAUUUCUAAGGCACUGGAGCGUCUGGGUGAGAAGUAGGGAGGUUCCAGGGAGGGAGCAGUUUUCUGGAAAACACCAGAAAGCCCAAUUUGCAGUAUUCUCUGCCUGUUUCUGCUAAUUGUGCAUUUCUCCUGCACUUUCAGACUUUUUGAGUACGAGUGCAAAUGUAUUGUCACUCCGACCUGGCCAUCUACUCUAUUACCCUCACUGUCUCUUAAGGAGAGUUCAAAGCCUGGCAGGUCUCCAGAGAAGUUGAGCUGACAACCAGGAAGAAAGACAGUGGUACAGGGACCAUCUGGAGCUAUUACUAAUUCUACUAUCAACUUCUUGUUAAUUAAUCUUGUUGAUUCUUAUCAAUUAAUCACCUCCUAAGGAAAUUCAGAUGAGGCAAGAAAACUUCAUUAGCAUGUGUAAGCUCUAAAGCAUUCUAGAUUAGCCUUCCACCAUGCAAACAGCUUGGCUAAAUUAUCAGCUCAAAGCCUGCCAAUUAAACAGACAUUAUUUGUACAGCACAUACUGCACUCUGUUUUAGGCAUAAGGAUAAUUAAAAAAGAAAAGAUAAAGUGCUUUGUCUCAUAGAGAUUAAAAGGCCCAUGAGAAUUUAAUCUAGAAGAAAAAAAAUAGGCCACUUUUCAAAUCAUGACGGCUUUCUCUCUUUCUAAACAUCCUCAAAAGGGAACAAAUGAAUAAAUAAAUAAGACAAAAGCCAAGGUAUCUAUCAUCCAGUUCCAAAGAUGUUAUUAAAAAUAGAAGUGGUUUCUAUUUGGUCAUUCAGCAAAUUCAUUGAGUACCUGUUAGGUGCCAACCACAAUGAAAAAGUUGUUCCUUCCCGGAAGGAAAUAGAAACAAAUACAUCUAACAAAGGGAUGGUACCUGUAAUCAUUAAUGUUAAAGAUGGAUACACUUUCUUGGGAGAGAUAAAAAGCCAUGUUCUAUUGGCCUGCAGAAAAAAUUCCAGAUUGUUCCCUAAAAUUUUGAGUCUCAGGUAGUGGCACUGAAGCUUUCCUAUAUAAAUUUUACAUGCUGUCCUAAGAGCUUGUUUUGCAAGUAUAUCCUUCAGAGAAGUCCCACAACUUAACCAUGAGGAAUUUCUUGGUGUUAAAGGAUGAAUAACCAUCAGUAUGAGCAUAGCCUCAUCUUGAAUUGCUUCAACUUCUCUUAGACCCUUGUGUCUCUCAGAGAUCCCAUUGCUCGGAGUAGAAGGUAGAGGCCCCUUCCCCUGACGGCCCUGCUUACCCAGUACUCACUCGUAUCCCGGCACUGAAAUCAUGUUUACUUCCUGUUUCUCCCAGAAGGUUCUGCCUUCAGGGACAGAAACUGGGGUUUAGUCAUCAUAAGAACUUCCUGCUAGAAAGCCACAGCCUUGAAGAAUGGCUUCCUGCAUGUCAAGUAAUUUUAAUAUGCCUGUGCCCAGCACAGGAACUGGUUGGUAUGUGUCGUGCUGCUUUGAGAAGUGUGAGAACUAAACACCUAGCACUGGUGCAGGGGCUAUUUGGGGCUUGCUGUUAGGCAGGGAGAUGUUUUUAAUUAGGUUUUCGGCUCUUGUUGAGUUUUCCCAUAAAUAAAGUCCAAAGUCCAAGGAGGCAGACAGUCAGAUGGCCAGAAGCUCUGCCCAGUAAUGCAGGUUGCCAAAAGAGCAGUGCCCAGCUCACAAAGAUGCUCUUCUCUCUGGGAGAAUGAUAGCUGGCAUGGAAUCCCAGCUCAGGCACCCUCAGCAGGGCUACUCCUCAUACGCCUUGGAAAGCUAAGAGCUUUUGUAACCCUGAAAGAGAGUUCACUGCAUUGGCUGAGUGAAUAUUAGUGUCUCCUUUAUUCACCCUGAAGGCCAGAGAGGCAUUAAGUGAAAAGACAUACUGCAAAGCAAAAAGAACUUUUCUGUACAUAUUUCACAAAGAUAAGUUCUCUCACACAAGCAGUCAGAGAUGGAACUGGAAAUUGAAGUGCGUUAAAAUAUUCUGCGUUCACAUUAACUGCCGAUUCAUAAAACCUCAAGACGUGGAUUUUGGCAUACAACACACACACAAAAAAAUCCAUGACUCUAAGCUAGUUAUAUUACUUUUGACCUUUCAUUAAAAAAAAAAAAAAAAAGAUACUUGCCUUGAAAAAACUAGCUUGUCAUUUUUUUCCUAUGUAGUUCGGAGCACAGACUUUAGUGCAAUACAUUAUUUAACAUAAACUCUCUUUUCAAAAAAAAAUGGGAAGAGAAAAAUGUUUAGAAGAUGACAAAGGUGAGAUUCGAGUUUAUCCAAAGGUUUUUAAGGAGGCUGAGUGUGAAGACCUGCAGGGCCUUAGGUCUAACCUUCUCUGUUUUAUUAUAAAGAUUCUUAAGUCUGCUUUUGUAAUUUUCAGAGCCAGUGACUUCUGAGGGGUUUCCAAUUCUCCCAAACAAAAGUGAUUUUAAUGGAGUGGCGGGGUGGGGGUGGAGAGGCCUAGUGGUAGUGCUUGCCUAGGAUGCUGGCAGCCCUGGGUUAAGCCCAGCAGUGUUUAAAAAAAUUAAAAAAUUGCCAAAUGAUAUGUGCUUCCUGGUGAUUUUAACAUGGGAGAAGAAGGACAUCGCCGACUUAAACAUGAAUACAGUUUCACUAGGUAGAAAGUUGGCACCACGUACCUUCUUGCUUUACCAUAAGCAGAGGGGUUUGGGGAUAGGCCUUCUGAAGUCCAUAGCUUCAAGAAAAAAAUAUCCGUGUUGUGGUUUUAUUUUUGUUGUCAUUAUAUAAAGCAAACCAACGGAAAACACUUUGUAACCAUGUAUUUACUCUGCCAACUGCCUGGUACUCCAAUAAAACACUCAUCCUUGAAGUGUCGUCCAGGUGUCAUUUACCUGGCAUGGGGCUGGUUUCAUCUUUUGAGCAAGUGUCAAACUUGAACUGAGGAACAGUCCUUACAGAUGAAAAAGUGAGUCACCCUCGCUGUGUUGUGGAAUUUCACUUCUCUGCUGCCACAGAGGAAUCUGCAAGGAAACCACUUGAUGUUGGGUGAAAUUAGACUCCGAUAAGGCACACGCUUCAUUCUCUGGGAACUGGAUCACACUCACAAUACAACAGUGGGCAAUUACCUGCUGGAACUGAAUGUUCAAAUUCAAAUAUGGUUUCAGUGGGUCACAUUGAGCAAAACAUUCACUCUUUAUUAUAAAUGACAUAGUAUUGACUCAGCAUUAAUAUUCACAGUUGCUCAUUCAUCCAUGAAUCCAUUCAUCAAAAAAAAAUAAUAAUAAUGGCUGUGUAUUAUAUAAGGGCACUGUAGUGAGUGGUAGAGAAAUAGACGAGCUCACUGUGUGGUUCCCAACACAGGCAGACUCAAGUUCGACAUGACCAGGGAGAAGCUAGAAUGAAUAUUUGCUUCCUCUACAGAUGUAAACUUCAUCUGUAAUCUCAACUUGAAUGCUAUACUGACAGCUCCAGGCAGGAGACAAACAUACACAGAAGGAGUCAGCCCAGCAGGAUGGAGACUCAGAGUGGCAUAAACUUUAUCACUCCCUCUCCUCCUUCUGUAUCAAGCUCUCAGCAUACAAGAAUCAUUCCCAGACCAGGUAUGGUGGCUCACACAUAUAAUCCCAAUUAUGUGGAAGCCAGAGAAGAUUGGGAGGAUUGCAGUUCAAGGCCAGCACUGACAAAAAAGUGAUACCCCAUCUCAAUAAGGUGGUGUGGUUGUGUGGGCUGUGGUACCAGCUGCUUGGGAGGCCAUAGGCAGGAGAAUCACCGACUGAGGACAGCCCUGAACAAAAAUGUUAAGACCCUACCUGAAAAAUUACUAAAAAAAAAUUCAGGCAGGGGCCUGGCCCAAGUUGUAGAGCGCCUCCCUGGCAAUCACGAGGGCCCUGAAUUCAACCCCAGUACCACCAGGAAAAAAAGAAUCAUUCCUAGAGUGGCCCCACCAGAAUUUUCAUGGAUAAUGAUGAAAUUGGGAUUGGAGAUGAGGGUGUUGAAUUGAAGCUCUGUUUUCAGGGUUUUUCCUUAGGUCACUUGUUUAUUGGGUAUGGUUUAGGACAGAUGGAAGUCUUGGGAGGGCUGAUGAAAGCUAUUCUCCUCAGCCACACUUGUCACUGCCUCUGCUUGAAUAUCUCUGAAUCAUUGCCAUAUUCUUUGCUUUACCAAACUGUCCCUUCUCCAUCUGGCCAAGUCCUACUUUUUCUGAAAGAGUCAGGACAAAUCGGGACAGACCUCCUGCUCACCCAAUCACAUUUCCUGAACUCUCACCCUAAUUUACUUCCCACUUCUUACCAUUCUCUUUCACUCCACUGCAGCCAGCUACCUGUCCUGGGCCUUUGAGGCAGGGACCCUGUCUUCAAUCUGUAUCAUUAGCAAAACCAAGUUUUCCUGCAUACAGCAAGCUCAGUACAUUUUUAAUUAAUGAGCGAAUGAAUGGGUAAAUAUCACCCAGAUGUUAGGCACCAGUGAAAAGAAGUCUAUGAUUCUUUAGCAUACCAUAAGGAUCUGGGAGGCUGGUACCUUUUCCCAUCAUACUGAAAUCAUUCUCUUUCAGUGAUGAACCUUGACCAUGUAUUUGUGUACACCUGUGCUCUGGGAGGGAGUUGCAAAGCCAAGUUACCCCAAAAUCAAGGUAGUGCUAUGAGCCACCUUCUGGUUUUCAGGGCAGUGGCCUCUGCUGGGUUUUCCUAAGAUCAACUAUGCACAAAGUUGAGAUCCGCCCUUGCACUGCACCCAAGUCUGCAGAGUGGGAGAAGGUUCAUGAACAACAUCCACCUCUGGCCAGCUCUCCUCUUGUGGCUGGGCAGGGAGUGGGGAAGAAGAGGUACUCCCUAUUUCUUAGGGAGCUCAGUUUUUUGGGAGGACCUAGAGGCAGGCAGUGGUUCUACAAAGAAAGGAGGAAGGGUUCCAGCAGCACAAAUGAAGGACAACUACUGACUCCAAGAAAUUUUGAGUUUGGUUAUUGAACCUAUUCAGCCUGUCCUUUAUUCUUGCCUCUUUUUCUUCUCUUCCAUGGACUAAAGUCCAAACACGGAAGAAAAUUUUUAGCAAGAUUCCUUUAUCCAGCACUGCACACUCUUUCCAGGAAUCGUGAGUGCUGUGUGGAUGCCAUUCCAGAACCUUCUGCAUAUCCAGGUGUGUCUCCCCUCAAGUCUCUGCACAGAGCAGUGCACAUAUAUAUCAGGUAGUAGUAGCAAGUCCAAGAGGGUGGGAGGAAAGACAGUUGGGGUAGGAAAGUGGGUUUGUGUGUGGGAGAAUUCCUACAAGACACUGAAGUGAUUUUGAAACUAAUAAGUGACUUCCCUUGGUAAGAUUUCGACUCCUCCUCCUUACUCACUCCCCAUUCUGUGCAGCUACCUGGACUAUGUAAGGAAGGGUGUUUAUUUACUUAGCACGAGGGAAAAGGAAGGUGUUUUUAUUUCUGUCUAAUUGGAGGCUUCAAGUUUUGAACUCUUGAAUUUUCCAUUUGGAUGUUAGAAUAGAUGGUGUUUGUGGUGGACCAUUAUUCAGUCAGUAUUCACUCAUAGGUGAAUUAUUUCAAUUAUAUUUGGUAUCUACCAUUGCACUAGGCCCUGUGGCAAACAAAUCAGUCAUUGCCCUCCCUCCAUUCAGACUUGUGGGCUAUCUUUUCUGCGCUGAAUUUUUCAAUUAUUCAACUGAAAGGAGAUACUCUUACUGUGUUUUUUUGUUGUUGGUUUUGGUGGUACUGGGGUUUGAACUAAGGGCCUCACGCUUGCUAGACAGUCUCUCUACCACUUGAGCCACCAUUUAGCAAUCACUCAAAAACAAAUCUUUCCAAAACUCAGUAUCUUAAAACAAUAAGCAUCUAUUAUUGCUCAGAAGACUACAAGUCAAGCAUCAGUGGCUGGAUCUCUCAACAUGAUUGAUAGUAGAGUGACUAUAUGUUUGUGUAUCCUAACCACAAGAUACUGGGCUCUACUCUAUGCACUCUUCCAG